GAGUCGGGUGGGUGUCGAGGGACGAGAUGAACGGCCGGACAGGGGGAGGGUAGUUCGAUAACCAUUCGCGCGAGGGAUACGCAGAUCGGACGGAGGAAUGCGCACGCGGGUAUUGCACUUGCGCACGAUCACGACGACGGCAUUGUGUUACGGUGUUGUUGUCAUUAAUUGUGCUAUAGUUGUUGUUGUUAUUUAACGGGAGGCAAGUGGGUUUGUGCACGCGAUGAGUCACGAACGUCGGAGGUACUGCACGGCGCGCGCGUUUACCUGCGCGUAACUAUGCAACACACGUCUCGCACGGUCGGAUGGUGGUGGGCAAUACUACUUCGCCGCCGCUGCCGUCACACGACGCCGUCCCAGUGACAGGACGGACACGAUACCGACCGCACACGCUUUCGACGACGCAACACCACGAACCACGCGCGCCAUGUUCGUCGCAGCAAUGUUCGUCGUAUGUUGCGGCUCGCUGUUGUUCUCGACCGUCGCCGUCGUAGCCGCCCGCGGGACGCAACCCCAGAUCCGGAACUAUUCACCGCCGUCCGCCACCGACGGAUACUCGCAGCGGUCGCUCGCCAGCACCAGAUCCUGCUGCAGCGGGACGUCCACCGUCGCGGACGACACCAGAAACCCGCGAGACGUACCAUUGAACUUAAUAAUUGAACUGAAUCAAGUAAAAAAUAUUACAGAACUGUUCAAUAAAUUUAUGCCGGACGUAAACAUGCACGAAGCACAAUAUCGCAUUGCCACAACAGGCUUUCAAAGCAAUCGUGCAUCAUCGCUUCACGCUUUUACAGAAAGAAGAGCACCGUUGAUACCAAAACCAGCAGGUUGUUCAGUCGAAGUCCAAACAAUUAGCUUAAAAGAUACUGAUGAUUCAAGUCUAUAUUAUUAUCCCCCGUGCACUAGAGUUAAUCGAUGCGGUGGUUGCUGUGCCCACGACUUAUUAGCAUGUCAGCCAACCAAAAGCGAAUCCCUAAACUUCGAAGUAAUGGUUUCACAGUACAAUGGUGCUGGAAAAUUGGAGUUCAUAGGCAGAAAAGCUGUGUCAGUAGUUCAACAUCAGAAAUGCAAGUGUGAUUGCAUUGUUAAACCAGAGGAUUGUAGUCCAUUGCAAACGUAUUAUCGUGAUGAAUGCCGUUGCAUAUGUAACAAUGAAGAUGAUCGUGAAAAAUGUAAUGAAGAACACGAAUUAAAGUUAUGGAAUCCAGCAAAUUGCUUAUGUCAGUGUCGUGUAGUACAAGAAUGUACUUCAGGAUUUGGAUUUGAUUACAAUACUUGCAGAUGCGAAGCUAUAAGGACAAGAAUAAAAAGUACCGGUAAUCAAUUUAAUCAAAACAUGUACUCAUUAGAUGGUCAGUGAACCAGCUGAAAGAUAAACCAUCAAAAAAUAAAAAUAAUUAUUUACAUAAUAGAAUUCUAAUUUUUUCUGUUAUAGAUGUAUUUAUUU